GAGCUCGAGGUCCCAGACAGGGUCGAAGUGGUCGCCGCGCGUGGCGUUACUUUCGGUCGGGAGGAGGUGCCGCGCGCCCUGCGGCUCACUCUCGGCGGCGUGCUACCAGGGCUGCCCCCGCAGGGGGUCGCUGCCUCUGCGCGGGCGCUGGACAUCGCGGACGACCGCGUCGCGGACUGGCUGGCUGACCCCACCUUGGCGCUGCCGCCCAAGGCCGAGUGGCCUGAGGAGGUCCCGCGAGCGGCGAUCCAGGCGAGCUCGAAACCUGAGUGGCACUGCGUGUGCGCCAAGCUUGUGGAGUUGGGUUUGGCCGUGCCCAUCGCCGACGACAGGGAGGUCUUGGCGGGGGCGCUCGGUGUCGCCAAGGGCGGCGCCCCUUCGCCCAGGCGCGACGCGGCCCAGCGGCCCAUCAUCAACGCGGUGCCUGCGAGCAGCCACCAGCGCACACUGAGGGGCGACAUCGGGGAGCUCACCUGGCAGCCGUGCGUGACUCUGGCCGAGAAGAUCCCCAAUGAGCUCAGUGGUGUCAGCGGGCUGGGGAAGACGCACAUCGCGCUGCGCGUCAUCCCGAUGGGCUGGAUCAGCGCGGUCUCAGUGUUCCAGCGCUGUCACAGGCGGCUGGGGUUUUGCCUGAAGCCGCUCGGCAGCUUGAGCAAGCGUGGGGUGCAGUGCUACAUCGGCGACUGGGGCCACGGCGAGAUCGCCCCUGCGAGCCAUCUCGGCGACCUGGCAUGGACGAUGAGCGCUGUGCAGGCCGAGCAGCGUGAGGCCUGCGCGAGGAGCGGAAUCCAGGUGGCUGGUGGCAAGGCCAAGCACCGCGAGCUCGUCCUCGAGAGGAUGGGGGCAGGUCUGGAUGACAGCACCGGCCGCGUGGGAGUUACGACGGAGAAGCCUCAUCUGUUCCUCGCGCUCAUCACGUGGGCCAUAGGCCAGACCGAGGUCACGGUCAAGGCGAUGCUCGUGGUCCUCGGGCUGCGUGUGCGUGCUGCUGGGUUCCGGCGACUCUUCAUGGGCUUCCUGAAUGAGUGCUGGGCUGCUGGGCAGUGGAACUACCCUCAUUCGAUGCCGUCCCUCAUGUGUGGGGAACUUCUGCUGUUCUGCAUGGCCCUCCCGCUCGCUUUCACCGACCUGCGGGCCCAGAUCGACGCGGGCGUGAUCGCCGCUGACGCUAGUGAGCAGGCAGGUUGCAUCUACUAUCCCGCGGGGCUCACGCCGCGCGGCAUGCAGGCCGCCACCAACGAGGGUGGCGUCGUGGGGCUGGGCAACGUGGCGCUGCUGGACGUCGCGCGCUUCUCCAGGGUCCUCGAUGAUUUCAGGCGCGACGCCGACUGGGUCUUCAUCGCGGCGGGCAGCCCCUGCCAGGACAUCUUGGCGCUCAACGUGGUCGGCCAGGGCCUGGAGGCAGCUGAGCACUUCCCCGCUGGCACGUGCGUUGAGGUCAAGGGCGAAGGAUGCAGCCAGUGCCUGAAGGUAGUGGUCAGCGUCCAGCGAGCAGCUGCGGAGUCGUGGCCGAUGCCAGGCUGGCGGCUGGAUGAUCCUGACGCGGACCUGCCCUGCUUCGCGCGACAGAUCCUGCGAGGGCACCCGCCGCUUAGGCCAGUCGGCCUGGAGCGGGCGAGCGCUGCUGCCCAGGCACGUUGGGUCGAGGACCAGUGCCGCUACCAGGUGUGCAACGACGAGGACAAUGUCCCUCUGUGGAGACCAGGCCGUUCGCAGGGCAGGCCCCCUGAUGCGAAUGAACAGGGUGUGCUCAUGGGGUUUGAUCGGUGCUAUUUUGAGGCUGCAGUCAAGGACGGUGUUGCGCCUGCUGAGAGAGACAUCAUCAUUGCAAGUCUCAUCGGCAGUACUUUCUGUGUCCAGUGCGUCGCGCUCCUUCUUGGCAGCUGGCUGGCUCAAGUGGGUGCGCUGCCCGCGCCGGUCCUGGCAGAGCUAUGUCUGCAGGUCGGUGAGUGGGAAGCCAACUGGAAUGUCGACGCGGAUUUCAGGUGCCAGGGUUUCUGUCGCGCUACUGCAGAGCGGGCCCUCAUCGUGGAGUUCCCGCGCAUCGCCGAUCGGGGGGACUGGCGUCCGACUCGACUGCAACGCACCCUGCCGCGCUCGAGCGUGGCCGCGGUCAGCGUUGCGCACGUCGCUGUGGGCUUGGCGCAUCGCCGAGAGUUUCCAGUGGCAGAGGCCGGCGCGCAUCUCGGAGCUGGAGCUGGGGGCCGCAGUGGCUGGGGCGAGGUGACGGUGCCGCGACUCUGCACCAAGUGCAAGACCAGCGCGUGGCGCCUCCAGCCAGGCAUCAGGCGCCUCAGUGCGUCGGCGCUCGCGACCUGCUGCUGCCCGCUGUGCGGCUACUGCGACACCGACAACAUGCCCGCCGACGCCGUCAAUGGCGUGUUCGACUGGUGGCUGGAGCAGGGCCGCGUUGUCCAGUCCGCGGUGCAGGCGGACGUGGGCCUAGAGGACUGCAUUGAGGGGCGCUGGGCUGCGGGCGGAUCGCUGUUCGACGUCGACUGCGCGAUCGCUGGCAUUUGUCACCGCUGCCCGCCCCCGCGUGGCCACCUACCUGAGAGCUGGAGGCUGGCUCGCACAUGGCAGCGUGCCGAGCCGGCAGGGCGAGCGUUGCCAAUUGACCGGCUCAUCGUCUUGGCCUUCUCAGGCGGCUUCCUGGCAGGCGGCUUCCCUGCAGCCGCUGCUGUCUUGCUCGCAGCCUACGACAUCUACCUGCGGACAGGUGCGAUUUUCGCGCUGCGGUGGUCCGAUAUCAUGAUCUACGAGGCCUCCUGCGCCGCCAUGGUCAGGGAGCAGCCCGCCAUCGCCAUGUCGCCGGCCGCAUUCCACCGCGUGCUCGGGGAGAUCCGAAGCUUGCUCCAGCUGGGGAAGAGUUGGUGCGAACGCGGACUUUCGCAGCCGUGGCUCCAUGGAGACAGCGCUGCUCGGAGGCAGAUGGGCUAG